GAGGCGGGUUCUGCUGAGCUGUUAAAUCCUGAGUGAAGUUUCCCCCAUUUCCAGUGGCCACCGUUGUCUGAGGCUGGUUCAGAGCAGGGCUGGGGUUGCCCUGACAUUUCUGGGACCGUGGCCAGCCAAGAAGAAAAAAAGACGAGUGUUUUACAAUUUGCUUUUGUCAAAGUGUGGAGAAAGGGGAAAGGGAAGCGUCCUUUUUUUUUUUUUCAGCAUCACAUUCCUGUGUUUUUCUUCAGCCUGGAAAAUAUAUUAGUGCUGGUGCUUUCCUCUCUGGAAACAAAGGAGCUAAACGGGACUGAGGAAGCAAGGAGUGGGAAGGAGGUUUGGGAAGUUUAAAAGAGAGAAACUUGGAGCAGCUGGAAAUUCCCUUUUCUUAAAUGAAAUCCCUGCCUGUGUGGGUAACCGGUACAGCAAAAAUCCAGACGUGCAGGUAAAUGGAGAAGCAGAGAUCACAAAGAAAAUUUCCGCUAACCUCAUCCCGCCUGUCAAGAAGGUGAAGAAGAAAGUUAAGACACACAACAGGCUCUGUGACCUGUUGGGCUGCGUAAAGAUAAAACACUGAACAGUAAAGCUGUAUGGCAUUGGUCUCCUUUUAAAGGAAAAAGACGUGAAAACUCAUCUCUGGCAGGGGAACUUCCCUGAGAGUAUUGCACAAUGAACUGGAGGCCAGCUCUCAGCUUAGCCCUGCUGUGGGCAGCAUGGUUAGUGUGUGGCUCUGAAAAGACAGAGAGGCUAGUGGAAAGAGGGAGCCAUGGAGUUAGGAAAGUGCCCCUUGCUUACAGGGCUUCAGGCAGCCUCCUGAGAAGGUCUGGAGCAUCCCUGAGGAAUUCAAGCCCAAAUCCUCAACACCCUGUCACCAAGAGGGAUUUUUCAGCACCUCCAAAGCCACCUGCCAAUCUCCUGCAAGGGGAAGCACGUUCCCAGGCCAGGGGCACGGGGACCAGAAUGAGACUGGUACAGAGACUCACAGCUGCAGCCAAAUACUCCAAGCCUGAGAUGAUUAAGGACGAAGGGAUAUCCUCUGCCACCCAGUCACGAGUGGUACGUUUCCCUUCAGGGUCAAGUUCUCCCAAUGUCCUGGCCAGCUUUGCAGGGAAAAAUCGGGUGUGGGUCAUUUCUGCCCCCCAUGCCUCUGAGGGCUACUACCGGCUCAUGAUGAGCCUGCUGAAAAAUGACGUUUACUGUGAAUUGGCUGAGAGGCACAUCCAGCAGAUCAUAUUGUUCCAUGAAGAAGGGGAAGAAGGGGGAAAAGUUAGAAGGAUAACCAAUGAAGGAAAAAUCCUGGAACAGCCACUAGAUCCUGCCCUCAUCCCUAAGCUCAUGAGCUUUCUGAAACUGGAGAAAGGGAAAUUUGGCAUGGUACUGUUGAAGAAAACUCUGCAAGUGGAGGAAAGGUAUCCAUAUCCAGUCAGGCUAGAGGCCAUGUACGAAGUCAUUGAUCAGAACCCCAUCAGAAAAAUUGAGAAGAUGAGGCAGAAGGGCUUCAUCCAGACAUGCAAAGCAGCUGGGGUGGAGGGGCAAGUGGUUGAAGAAGGCAAUAGUGGGGGCACCAUGCAGCCUACCCCUGGCAGUGAACAUGUCCAGGUGUCAGCAAGGAAGGAGGAUCCAAGGAAGGGCAAUAAUCAGCCAACAAGGACCAAAACAGUGAGGAAACCAGUGACAACCACUGUGGCCACUCCUCUGCCUACAGUAAGAACCACUACCCUCCCUCCCACCACCACAACUACUCGUGCCACCACCCAUGCAGUGACAACAGCCAGCCGGUCUACAACAACAACUACACCCCUCCCCAGCACACAGAGGACCUGGACCACAAAGUCACAUUCCACCACAGAGUACCACAGGCUGCCAGUAGCCCCUGAUGCCACCACGCCACGAGUCACAGCCUCUGAGGACUUCUACUCUCCUGUGUGGAAAACAAACCGCAGGGACCGGCAGCGCAGCCAUCAGGAGAAACAACUGGCAGCCACCCGGAAACCAAACAAGGCUGCCCGCUAUGACAGCUUCACAGAAGUGCCAACAGCUCCCCCAGUGCACUAUACAAAGGCAAAUGUGGGUAGAUUUAAAGAUAACAGAACUGACAGAAAGGACUUCAACCACAGGGACCUGAACGUCACUCCUGGGCAACACAAACCAACUAAGACUAAACCACCAAAAAAGAAGACCCAAGAAAAGAUACUCAGUAAUGAGUAUGAAGACAAAUAUGACCCAAGCAAGCCUGCUAGUUCCCAUUUAGAGGAACAGUUUGCAGCAGGAAAUAUCCCCCCAAAGAAAGGAAAAGAAUCAAAGAAGCAUGACCGAAUGGAUAAACCUGAGAAGAAGAAGAAGAAGGACAGACCUGACAAGCAGCAGAAGAGUGAGAAGCAGUCCAAGAAGAUAAAAGCUGAAAAAAAGAGCAAGCAGGACAAAGAUCGCAGUAAGAAGAAGAAGGGAAGCAGAACUGAGAAUGAGGAUUUUCCCAAGUCCAACAAGAAGACUUUCCUACAGCCUCCCAGGAAAUCAGCAACUAACCUCCUGGAAUAUUUUGAAGGCAAGAGGAGGCUCAUUCUGAUCACAACCCCCAAGGCGGACAACACCAUGUAUGUGCAGCAGCGAGACGAGUAUCUGGAGAGCUUCUGCAAGAUGGCAACAAGGAAGAUCUCAGUCAUCACGAUUUUCGGCACCAUGAACAACAGCAGCAUGAAAAUUGACCACUUCCAGCUAGAUAAUGAAAAGCCCAUGAAGGUGAUAGAAGAUGAAGAUCUUGUGGACCAGCAGCUCAUCAGUGAGUUGAGAAAGGAGUAUGGGAUGACCUACAAUGAUUUCUUCAUGGUGCUGACAGACAUUGACAUGAAGGUCAAGCAAUACUACGAAGUACCCAUAGCAAUGAAGUCUGUGUUUGAUUUGAUUGACACCUUCCAAUCACGGAUCAAAGACAUGGAAAGACAGAAAAAAGAGGGCAUUGUCUGCAAAGAAGAUAAGAAGCAAUCCCUUGAGAGCUUCUUAUCCAGGUUCCGAUGGAGAAGGCGGCUGGUGGUGAUCUCUGCUCCCAGUGAUGAAGAUUGGGCUUAUUCCCAGCAGCUUGCUGCUCUGAGUGGACAAGCCUGCAAUUUUGGUCUGCGCCACAUAACUAUCCUCAAAUUGCUGGGAGUUGGAGAAGAUAUUGGAGGUGUGUUAGAGUUGUAUCCAAUUAAUGGAAGCUCAACUGUAGACCGAGAAGACAUCCCGGCUAAUCUGGUGAAAGACAUUCGGAAUUAUUUCCAAAUUAGUCCAGAAUAUUUCUCCAUGCUUCUAGUGGGGAAGGACGGCAAUGUCAAAUCCUGGUACCCCUCUCCGAUGUGGUCCAUGGCGAUCGUGUAUGACCUGAUCGAUUCCAUGCAGCUCCGGCGCCAGGAGAUGACAAUCCAGCAGUCGCUGGGCAUGCAGUGCCCCGAUGAUGAGUAUGGUGGGUAUGGCUACCACAGCUACCACCAGGGCUACCAGGAAGGUUACCAGGAUGACUACCGUCACCACGGAAGUUACCACCAUGGAUAUCCGUACUGAACGGAGCGGCCUGGCCUCUGGCUGCCCCGUGCCUGCCUUCCAAUAGCUAUUCAAUCAAAAGGGGGCCAGUUGCAGAAAAUCCUCCCAGGCCACCUAGAUAUCCAUGCCUCGCUCUUCUACUGUUCAAUCAAGGGACUUUGGUCAUUUGCCUUCUCAAAAAUUGCAGAAGCCUUUACAGUGAAGCAAUUCAAACCAGUAGUAUUGAAGCUUUAAACAAUAAAGACUCCUUUAUAUUUUUAAACCUUUAUAAACAAAGGCCAUCAGCAGGUGGUGUUUGUAUUAAAACCAAACAAAAAAACCCCACAACCCCAGCCCUUGGGCACUACAGUAGGGCAGGAAACAAACUGUCCAACAAUGUGCUUUUUACUACUUUUUCUAAGGACAAAAAAUAAUUAUAUUUAUUGGAAAGUGAGAUUUCAUUAUGCUUAUGAAGAGAAACAAAGAAUCACACUUUGGGUCUCUCCCAGGAAAGGAAAAUUUAAGAAAGAAGCAUGAGGUAUGCUCUUUAAUAAUAACAACAACAGAAAUAAAAUCUUUUUGAAACACCAUGUUUAAAAAGACAGCAUCCCUUCUACAGUGCAUUACCAUUGUAAUUAGCUGACUUUAUGAAUGAAAAUAAGAUUUAUGGCUAUGGCAGAACUUGUUCCAAUACAAUACAAUACAAUGUAAAGUUCUUUACUACAAAGCUUACUGCAUGGCUAUUUAUUCUUUCAGUUGGGGUCCCUGUUCUCUUAGGUCCUGCCCACCUCACUGUUAAAUCCAAGUUAAUGAGAGCUAAGUGGAAACAUCAACCAGGGCUAGCACUAUCUGAAAUACAGAAAUCUGAAAAGCAUUAUUUUCAUCAUCAGAAGAAAUCUCAUUCAAGUAUAUUUUCAAUGAGUUGUAACUAGCUCUCUAUAACAAUGCUUUGAAUUAAACUGUUACUCGAAAUUUCAAAUUUUCUUUUACCUCUGCUUCUCAUACCCUCCCCUAUAAAAGUGAUCUGGAUUAAAUGUU